UUUUGCUGCUUCCAGUGCGGCAGUAUUCUCUUGGGUGGCACCUCCCCAGAAGAAUGGUCACGAUUCCGAAAUUUGAAGCGGCUCGAGAACGCCACUGCACCAUUCGAGCUUCUGGAACCACAAGUUCCAUCCAAUGCCAAGCUUCAAGUCCCAAGCCACAACCAUCCAAUUUCGCUACUGCACCCUCCUCCC